AUGGCGAACCCUACCAUGACGACUGAUCAGUUCCUGCUCAGUCAACAUCGGCGAGCGAGGACACGGGGAAGCUUCGACAGUUAUGCCGUGCUUGAAGCUGGACAGCGUCUAGGCUCACCGCUCCUUUGCAGUUCGCAUGCAACGGAUAUCGGGGAGUCGAAGCCCAUCUACUCUUGUCUUGCGCUUAUAUUGCUGUUCAACCUCCCCCGUGAACUGCAAGUCAUGGUGCUCUCCCAUCUCAGCUUUGGCGACAUUGAACGCCUCCGCCGCACUUGUCGCUUCACGCGUCAGCGUAUUCCCAAGUCCCUGGUAUACCAGCUCUUUCCCGACAUGGCAGUUGCCUUCUACUCAACAUGUUACGUCUGCCUUGAUCACGACGCCAGUGGGAAUUCCAUCGUCGCUGCAAGGAAAGACCAUCCGAGACGGCCCAUGGCUAACCGUUGUGUUCGGUGCGUGGCUCAAAGCAACAGCUUCAUGGUUGGGCGCCAGUACCUUCUCGCCAGUCGGCGAAUUGCUUGGUUGUGCCGAUGGUGCGGGUACCCAGUUGUAGGAGAAUCCGCGAGGAACCAGCCCGAGUUCCACGUCGAGUGUUGGCUUCGCUACGAGCGUAGCUCGCGCUUAUAUGCUGUCGUAGGCGUUGUGCAGUGGUUAAUGGCCAUUGCUUGCUCGGGGAUAUGUUUGGAAAUGUUCAAGGACGAAGCUCGCAUUUCAGCCCCAGCCGCUUUGGCCAUUAUUGGGUGCUGGCUUCCCCCAUUAUGCGCUUUGAGAGGGCGCAUGGAUCGGUCUUCAUCUCCUGCGAAUAGGGUAGUCGACCUGGCACUCGUUCUUGUUGUGCUUAACAUGAUGAUGCGGGCCGUCAACGUGGCUGGCAAUGUAAUCCUGUACUUGGAGUACAUGUGGUGGCGUCGACGCAAGCCAAACAAUCACUGGUUAGAGAAACUCGUGCACUACUUGACCUUCUUUCUCGUUUUAUGGACGUAUCCGAAGAGUAUCGAGAUAGAGCACCCGUUGUGGUUCUAA